AUGGACGUGUGUGUGUCGAGGGAGGAGGCAUGGGCUUUCGGAUGCCUCACAGACUCGACGAGGACCAACAGCGACGCCAGCGACGCCAGCGCCAACGCCAACGCCAACGCCAACACCAACGCCAGGCCAGCAGACAUGGCUUCAGCUGGCAGGUCCUCCCCGCCGCCGCCGCCUCCGUCGGUGGUCUCAGCUCCACAGCGUCCCCUCGAUGGGCGCAACGGGGGGCCCAUUGUAAACUACAGUAAAAUGGAUGGAGCCCCCGGGUGA